AUGACGUCUACCCUUCAAUUAUUACCAUUGCAUGAGAAUCAAUAUUUUCAAAAUAGCGUGCUCGAACUUCUCAAUGAUGAAUGGCCACAAUCAAAAACAAUUCGUAUGAGACGUUUAGAACGUUCAUGUAAUGAACUUCCUUUAUCAUAUAUUCUCAUUGAUAAUAAUAAUAACAAUAAUAAUCAAUUGAUUGGUUAUUGUUAUAUUGAUCGUCUUUUAAAUGAAGAACAAAGUAUUAUUGUUGAAUCAGUUUGUAUACAACGAACAUUAAGAGGACAUGGUUAUGGAAGAAUAUUAAUGAAACUUCUAGAAGAUAAACUACAAGAAAGAGAAUCAAAAAUUCAAUGUAUUUAUUUAACAACAACUGAUAAACGUCAUUUUUAUGAAAAAUGUGGUUAUGAAGAAACAACUCCACGUGUUCGAUUAAAUAUUUCAAGUAAAUUAUUCAAUGGAAAUGAAGAAGUAUUUAAAAAUUUAUUAGCUAAUCAAACACAAUCAACAACUGAUAAUCAUGUUAUUUUACAGAAAGGUUCAACUAUUCAAAGAAUUCCGACUAUUUGGAUGAAAAAACAAAUUUUGAAAUAA